AGACUAUGCAGUCGAUAAAUUCGCCGCAGCAGAAGAGACCGGGGGGGCGUUAAAGCGGAAAAAUUCUUGGGUUAUUAUUUUUGAAGAUAAUUUAUGGGGGGGUGGGGCCGGCUGUGUUUACCCGGCAUGCCGCGGGGCUGACGUUGCUGGAAACCAUGGUGGCGGCUGGCGGAGCGGCGGCGGGUCGGGCUGACAGCGCAGAAAAUUUCAUUAUCCUGGCAUAAUCUAGAAUACAACAUGGGUGACAAUGACCCAGAAAAAGGCAAACUUGUAUCUGAGAAUAACAAUGUCACAUACUAUGAAACAGAAGAUGAUGAAGAGGAAAUGACUAGAGAAGAGAAGAUGGGAUUUUCUGGUAAAAAUGGACUGGUGUCGUCUUCCUCUGGUACGGUUUACGAUCGGACAACUGUCUUAAUAGAGCAAGACCCCGUUGGCUUAGAUGAUGAGGAAGAAGAUGAAGAAGGAGGCAACAAUAAUAACUUGGUGUCUUUUUUAUCAGAGAGUGGAGAGGAUAACUUCUAUUUGAUAUCAGAUCCCGAUGGAAUGGCACAGGGUUACGUGCAUCAUACUAUUUCUCCUGAUCAAAUUCAGUUCACUAUCAAUCCUGGAUCCACCCCAAUGCCCAGGAAUAUAGAGGGAGCCACACUCACCUUGCAGUCGGAGUGUCCUGAGACCAAGGUUAGAGAGGUAAAACGAUAUCAGUGCACGUUUGAAGGCUGUCCACGUACGUAUAGCACAGCAGGGAACCUACGGACACAUCAGAAGACUCACCGUGGUGAAUACACAUUCGUUUGCAACCAACAAGGCUGUGGCAAGGCCUUUCUCACCUCCUACAGCCUAAGAAUCCACGUCAGAGUCCAUACCAAGGAAAAGCCAUUUGAAUGUGAUGUACAGGGUUGUGAAAAAGCAUUUAACACACUGUAUAGGCUGAAAGCCCAUCAAAGGCUUCACACAGGGAAAACAUUUAACUGUGAAUCAGAAGGCUGCACUAAGUACUUUACUACCCUCAGUGACCUGAGGAAGCAUGUCCGAACACAUACAGGAGAGAAGCCAUUUAGGUGUGAUCAUGAUGGCUGUGGGAAGGCUUUUGCUGCCAGUCACCAUCUCAGAACUCACGUCAGAACACACACAGGUGAGCGACCCUUCUUAUGCCCUAGUGAUGGCUGUGAAAAGACUUUCAGCACACAAUAUAGUCUCAAGAGCCACAUGAAGGCCCAUGAUAAAGAGAACCCAUUUAAUGUGUCGAACCAGAAUUCUGUGAAUGAGGAGACAAACCAGUCACUUUGUUUAAGUGACCUGAGCUUGAUAUCCACGGAUUCAGAACUCCGAGAAAAUUCACAGUUGACCCAAGGACGUGACCUGAGCACUAUUUCAGCAGAAAGCAUCUUUGAAUCCAUGUUUCACAAUACUGAUAGCUGCACCAGCCACAAUGGCUCCCAGCAGACCGAUGGAGUAUGUGGAAUACCUGGAACGUUUGGCAGUGACCCUCAGUCUGCACCCAUUGUUAAUACGGCUCUAGGAGAUUCUGGAUCAUUGUUGUCAUUUCCCAUCCCACUUCAAACCAUGUCACAGCCAAAUAUUGAGAGACAUUCCCAGCAAGCAGUAGACCCCAUCUCCACAUCAUUGGAUGCUUUGGCUACCAACUUGCAUCAAACAGCAUUUGGGAAUCCCACCGGUGUUUUGCAGACACCUCAAGUGCCUGUCUCGCCAGUCACACAAUUUUCAACCAGUCAGCAAGAGUUUGUUCAGCCUUGCCCAGCGCCACAACAGCCGACGCAAGGACUUCCUGCUAUGUCUAGUAAUGGCCUUGCAUCCUCUUGCAACUCAGAAUCAAUGCCCGCUAUGGUACAGACUGUGCCUUUAGCUACCAACAGUUCUUCUAUAACAAUUAAUCCAUCGCAGAGCACCACUAUUCUUCAGCCCGGCAUUGUAAUGGCAGACCAGAACUUACAAUGGAUCAUAAAUGGAGCCAAUACUGUUCAACAAAACUCUGAGAAAACACAACAGGGUCCUAAAGUAGAAAAGGUGUUUUUUACCACAGCAAUACCAGUUACUGGCAAUACAGGAAAUCCAGUGCAGCAGAUAGGAUUGAGUGUUCCUGUCAUAAUCAUCAAGCAAGAGGAGUCGUGUCAGUGCCAGUGUGCCUGCCGUGAUUUAAGUAAAGAAAAACAUGCCAGCAGCAAGGAAAAUCCAUCACGGGAAGCUGAAUCUUCCCAGAUUACAUCUGAUCAGGAACAGGCACAGCUGCAGCCUCAGACUUUUCCUUCCAGCUCCAAGGGAAGCAGUCAAGCAACACAGUCACCCUUGCAAACUGAACUCCAGCCAGGCAUGAACAAUAUGGAUGUUACUGCAUUUCUUUCUCUUGAGAGUCCGAGAACCCCUUCAACUUUGUCUGAUAUCGAGGCAAGUGACAUUCAGGCACUGCUGCAGAAGGUAAAAGAAGAAAUAGACUUGAGUAACAAUUUCUCCAAAUAAUUAUGAUCAAUACAGGCUGAUUUUCUAAUUAUUUUUCAAAAAAUUCCCAGUUUUUAUUUAUGCAGGAAGUUUAAAAAAUGGGACCCUUUUACACAGAAGUGCCACUAGCUCUGAGCAAUUUUGUGUAAAAUACUUCCAAAAAUGUUUUGUGCAAGCCGAAAAAGUAACUUCUACUCUAGGUUCAAUUUAGAGUUUAUUUUCAACAGCCUUGGAAAAUUUGUCUGGACCUAGAUUGUAUCUGGAGCUCCAGUUCAAAAAAAGGAGAGAUGUGCUAGGAAUAAAUCCACUGAAAAUAAAUGGCAAAGAUCAGUGCUGAUGCAAAGGAAGGUCCCAGGUGUGUUGAUUGACUUCUAAGCAGUUUUUGAUGUUCACCCGGAUUGGCUGCAAUAUGAGAUGGGCAGACCCCUGGCUUAAAACCAGAUGGAUUUGGAUCAUACCACUGGUUCAUUGUCUGAGAGCUACUAUUUCUUCACCAAUAGAAAAUCCUGGUGAAAAUGAUGUACCAGUAAACUGAGAGAAAAAUAUCAUAGAGUGUUUGAUUUCUGCCACAAGGGGCUUUUUAUAGCCUUUACGCAGCUCACUUAGAGCCCCUGGUGACCAAAGGCAGAGCUGCAGUAAGAAAGCACUGAGUAAAUCUGCAUUGUCUCUGAUAUACCCAUGGUCGGGUGAUAGUUGCCUACAGUGAAUUAUUAAUCUUGUGAA